ACAGAAACACGUGGGAUCAUUUUCUUCCAUAGGUCUACACAACGUGAGAAGCAUGCCGAAGUCAAAGAGAGACAAGAAAAUUUCACUAACAAAAACAGCCAAGAAGGGGCUGGAAACCAAACAGAACUUAAUAGAAGAGUUGCGGAAAUGUGUGGACAUUUACAAGCAUCUGUUCAUCUUCUCUGUGGCAAACAUGAGGAACAACAAAUUGAAAGACAUCAGGACAGCCUGGAAACACAGUCGAUUCUUUUUUGGCAAAAACAAAGUAAUGAUGAUUGCUAUAGGGAAAGGACCAACAAGCGAGUACAAAGACCAUUUGCACAAGGUCAGCCGGUUUCUGAGAGGAGAAGUGGGUGUGUUAUUCACAAAUAAAACCAAGGAAGAGGUACAAGAAUAUUUCAGCCAGUUCAAAGAGAUGGAUUUUGCACGAGCGGGAAACAAGGCAGGGAUGGCCGUAACACUUGAUGAAGGACCCCUGGAACAGUUCCCUCACUCCAUGGAGCCACAGCUGAGACAGUUGGGACUCCCCACAGCACUCAAGAAAGGAGUGGUGACACUACUGAAAGACCAUGACGUGUGCAAAGAGGGAGACACACUAACCCCUGAACAGGCCCGUAUUCUGAAACUCUUUGGGAUUGAGAUGGCUGAAUUCAGAGUGCAGAUCAAGUGCAUGUGGAACUCUGAAACGAGCGACUUUGAGAAGCUAGCUGAGGAAGAAGAGGAAGAAGCCAUGCAGGAUAAUGAUGACAAAGAGGAGGAAGAAGGGGAUGGGAAAUGAAUCUGGAUAGACCAAUGGACUUCUCAGACCUUAGGUUUUUAAAACUGUGUGACCUGUAUGUUUUGAUGUCUCAACAAGUGUUUCUUUUUUGCCUAUGAAAUGCUUGAUUUCUGAGGCACAAAUUCACUGGCAAUGUUACCCAUGGAAUCUUGUGUACAUACAUCUUGUGCUUUAUACAUCUUUUUUUUUGUCCACUCAAAUACAACAGUACAAACUAAAACAGUAUGCUUGGUUGUGUCGUAUAAAACAUCCAACACAUUUUUUUUUAGUGGGAAUUGUUUAUGCAUGGUAUAGCUUUGUUAAGCUAUGUAAAAUCGUUACCCACAUCAUGAUCCUUACAAACGCACCGGCCAUGGCAGAUCAGUGUAUAAUCAAUGAGGAAAAAAUACUCCCAUUGUUCUCCAGUUUAUUAAAGAAAGUUUUCCCCCGAAAACGCA